UAAAAGUCCAUAUAAAUCUGGGUGUAUUCGUUUCAGACUUUUUAAAAUCCAUACAAAUCUAGGUGUAUUCGUUAUUCCAUUGACUUCAAAUCCGGAAUGACUUUCAUGGAUUUCAUCAAAAAAAUACACACGACGAAAUCCGGCCAAGAACCACGAGAAUUGAAAUCCAUGGAGUUUUGAGCGAUCGCUGAGUUCCAGCGCCCGCGGCCAAGAAGCCAGCGAGCGCCGGAACUCAGCACACGUUGAGAAAGACCAGCGCUCGCUGGGUUUGAGCGUGCGCUGGGUUCCCAGCGGCCGCUGGGUUGCAGCGGUCGCUGGGCCCAGGCAGCCCAGCCCAGCAACGCCUUUAAAUACCCGUCUUCGAUUUUUUUACCCCACAAUCUGACAGACGCCUACUGCCUUCAAAAAAGAGUUCAGGGUUCUACUUUACCUUUUAGCCAGGUAUUUUUUUCAUAAAUUUUAUAUCUUCAUAGUAUUUUAAUUAUGCAAUUUUUCUAUAGCAUGAAUAUUGUACCUUUAUAAAUUAUUAGCAACUGUAUGUUGUGUUUCUAUUGCAUGUGAGUUGAUUUUUGUUUUUAGUUGAUGUUUUUUAUUUUUUAUUUUUAUUCAUUCAUAUAGUACUGUUCGAUGUCUAGUAAUAUUAUUAUGGGAGACUCUCAACCACAAGAAUCCAAAAAAAGGGCAGUGUAUGAAGCAUGGACACAGGAACAAAGUGAUGCCUUGCUACGAAUUCUGGUUGAAUCUGCAAUUAGGGGAUGGCGCGAUAAUAGUGGUAUAUUUAGCAAAGCAACAGUAGAGGAAAGAAUAUUGCCUGUUCUGAAUGACAAACUUAGGUGCAAUAAAAAUUAUAAUCACUACCAAAGUCGUAUCAAAUGGUUUAAGAGCCGUUGGACUGCGUAUUCAAACCUCAUGAAGUCUAACUCUGGUUUUGGUUAUGACAACGACACCAAAAAAUUCACGGCCCCAGAUGAAGUAUGGGAUGCGUAUAUAGAGGCUCACCCAAAAGAUGCAUACUUACGCACUGGGAGUUUUUCGGACUAUGAUGACUUGAGACUUGUUGUUGGAAACGGUGUGGCUGUAGGAAGAAACGCAAUUGGAGUUGGCAGUGCUACUGAUGCUAGGACAAUAGGAGUUGAUGAAAGUAGAGGUCCAACCAUAGAGGAGUUGAAUUACGAUACUGCUACUGAGGCGUUUGUAGUACUGGGUGAAGAUGAUCCACCGUUAUCCGGCUCCAAAUCACCUUUGGAGCCCACUGAAGUGCCUGUGGAGUCCACUCAGAGAAGAGCUCCCGCCAAGAGAAGCAGAGGCCAGUUUGAGACAAAUUCAGGCCACACUGAAAAUAGUCCGCAUCAGGAGCUCCUGGUUCAAAUUAAAAAAGUCACUAGCACAAUGGAUCGAGUUGAAAGCCUCUUCGUGAAACGAGAUACUAUGAUGGAGAAAAGAGAAAAUGAAAAAAGUUUUACAACUUGGGAUGCUAUUGAAGAAAUACCCGAUUUGAGUGAAGAGAACCGCUACACAGCAUUUGACUUGCUUGUUACAAAGUCACAAAAAGAUGGAUUUAUGAAAAUGACUGUUCCUCAACGUAAAAGAUGGAUAGAAUUGAAGACUAGGAAAUAG